AUGUUGAAUUUCAAUUGGAAUUUAAUUGAUGAAUCUACAUUUCAAGGGCAUUUAAACAAAUAUACAAAUGCAUUUAAAGGAUUUCAAAGUAGAUAUUUCGUACUGGAUACACAAGCAAAAAGUUUACUGUAUUUUAUGCCCGAUGAAGUUCGAAAGAAAGGUCCAAGAGGUAUAAUUGAAUUAACAGAUUGUUGGAUAGCACCAUCGAAUGAAGAUGAUGUUACUUUUACUUUACAAACUGGAAGUGGAGAUGCAUUUAAAUUACGAGCAUUUGAUGCUAAAGAAAGACAAAAGUGGAUAGAUAAACUACGAGCAUGUUCAGGAUCGAAUGCAGCUAAUGCUUAUGUUUCAUCUUUACCAAUAUCAAAAACCAAUCAAACAAAUACAUCAACAUCAACCAACUUAUCAAAUGACAUAAAUAUUCGUCCAUCGAUUAAACGGGAUUCAAAAUUAUAUCAACAGCAACAUACACUGAAAGAACUUAAAGAAGUCAUGCGUUGUGUUGAAGUCAAUCAACGAGAAUUUGUUGAAACAAUUUAUACAUUGCCUGAUGAUAUUUCUUUGAAUUCAAUGUCUAAAAAUAUGUUAUUUCUUCGUUCGAUAUCGCAAUCAUGUAUUAAUUCAUUACAAGAUAGUUUAACAAUACUUACUAAAAGAAGAAUGCCUGAUAGUGAAAUACUUGUUACAUCUGUACCAUCAACUCCAUUAUUGCAAUCAUCAAUAGCAAUAACAAAUACUUCUAAUAAGCAAUUGACUCAAUCUUUUAACAAUAGUACUAGUUCAAAAUCGAGCUCACCUGGUAUAUCAACACAAUCAAAUCCAUUUGCUUUACAAAACAAAACUUUAAGUCCUGAUGGUUCUAAUCAAAUAAAUGAAAACAUUAUUAUCAAUAAAGAAUUAAAGAAAUGA